AUGGCUCGAUCGGUGACAGAGCUCUACGGAACCCCUCCGCCUGGUAUAGAUCUUCUGGCCAAUCAGGAGGUCCUGGACGACUCGGUUGUAGCAGUGCUUGCUACCAUCGCCACAUUAGCGGUCGCUUUUCGUAUCAUUGUCAACAAGAGAAAGCGUGUUGGGCUACAAGGCGACGAUUGGUUCAUCUUAAUGGCUUUGGUAUGA